ACACAUUGGACGGAGUUCUGUUCUGUUACAGCAGGUUUUAGUAAAACGGCCCACACAGCCUCUCUGUUGUAUAACAUGUUGAUAAAACUUGGCCUAAAACUUGCAGGCUCUCAUAAAUGUGUUCACUGGACUCCUUCAUCUCCAUGGCCACAUAUACAAUCAAUCAUUAAUGUUUCAUAACCAAACGUAGCUGCUAUAAGAGCGAGCCGUGAUAACAUCUCCACAGGGAUGGAUGCUGCGGCGCAUCGAGGCGUUACUAAACCGCUCUCAACGUUUCAACACAGAGUUACAACAGACUGCUGUUUAAAUGCAGCCAGGACGCUUUCGAGUGAUAAAAACAUGAUUUAGGAUUCAAUUUUAUUUUUUUUUACUUUCUGAAGCUUUUUAGGAUGGAAGAAGGAGAGGAUGGAGUUGCUGUGGUGGGAAUCGGCUGCAACUUUCCAGGAGGAGAAGGUCUUGAUAAUUUCUGGAAGGUUCUGGUGGAGGGGAGGAACUGUUCUGUUUCAAUCCCCAGAGAGAGGUUCGACGUUGGCAGCUGGUUUGACCCAGAUGACACCAAACCGGGGAAAACCCGCACAGCCAGGGCCGCGCUCAUUGACGGGUUCAAUGAAUUUGACCACAAGUUUUUUGGCAUCAGUGACAGUGAAGUGGAGCAAAUGGAUCCUCAGCAGAAACAACUCCUUCAUUGUGUCUACAGAGCUCUGGAAAACGCUGGAGUUCCCAUGGAGAGAGCCAGUGGGACCAGGACAGGCGUGUUUAUUGGAAUAAUGAACAGAGACUACGAAAUUAAUGCUGCACACGUGCACCCAACUGUGAUCAACCAUUGGACCGGAACCGGACUCGCCAUGAGCAUCGCAGCCAACAGAGUCUCCUACAUCUUUAACUUCACUGGACCGUCACUCUCCAUAGACUGCGCCUGCUCUUCCUCACUUGUGGCUCUUCAUCUCGCCUGCCAGGCCAUUAAACAAGGCGAUUGUGAAAUGGCUGUUUGUGGAGGCGUUAACUGCAUCAUUGACCCAAGAGUGUUUGUGGCGCUCAGCAAGGCCAAGAUGAUUUCACCUGAAGGGACGAGCAAGCCGUUCUCCAGCAGAGCAGAUGGUUAUGGGAGAGGAGAGGGCUGUGGUGUGGUUCUCCUGAAGCCACUGAAAAAGGCUCUUCAAGACCAUGACCACAUCUGGGGAAUCAUCAGUAAAACCGCAGUCAACCAAGAUGGACACUCUGUCAGUCCGAUUACUAAACCCUCCACGACUCAACAAGAGGAACUGCUGCGCAGAACCUACUCAGACACUGACAUUGCAAAUGUCCAGUACAUCGAGGCCCAUGGGACUGGAACCCCAGUGGGAGACCCGACAGAGGCAGGAAGCAUCUCCAACGUCAUCGCCAAAGCCAGACCUUCCGGGUCAGGGACUCUGUUGAUUGGCUCGGUGAAGAGCAACAUUGGACACACGGAGUCAGCAGCAGGAGUGGCCGGACUAAUUAAAGUUCUUCUGAUGAUGAAGCAUGAAACUAUCGUCCCAUCUGUUUUCUACUCUGAUGAAACUUCCAGUGUUGAUACCAAAGCCCUGAAUAUUAAAAUUCCUAUGAAUAUUGAGAAAUGGAAAUCUACCACAGUGAGGGUUGCCGGGGUGAACAACUUUGGUUUUGGAGGAACGAAUGCACAUGCCAUCGUCAAACAGCACAUGCAGACAAACUUAAAAAAACAUAGCAGUGAGAAGCAGGUGAAAUACUUUGUCCUGUCAGCAAAUUCACUGAAAUCUCUGACUAUGAUAAUAGAAGACACCAUAAAACAGUUGGAGGAUAAUAUCACCGUAGAACUUGGUUCUGUUUUGUACACAUCAGCCUGCAGGAGAAGUCACCAAAAGCAUAAAUACAGAAAGGCCAUUGCAGUUUCAUCUGUAGGCAAUCUUAAGGAGAAGCUCAUAGCCAGUGUUGGCAAAAACAUCAGCAUGGCUCUCUCAAAUCCAAGAUUAGUGUUCGUCUUCUGCGGAAAUGGUGUCACUUACCACGGCAUGUGCACGCAGCUGUUGAAAAACCAGCCUGUAUUCAGAGAAAAAAUCAAAGAAAUCACUCAGAUUUUCCAAAGGAUGAGCUCUCUAAACAUCCUGAACACACUUGAGAGUGAGUUUGAAAGGAGUGACACCAAAAACCCAGAUGUUGUCCAGCCUCUCCUCUUUGCCAUUCAGGUUGGGAUUGCCACCCUUCUCAGGCACUGGGGUGUCAAACCUGAUGCUGUGCUCGGACAUUCGGUUGGUGAAGUCGCUGCCGCUCACUGCUCCGGCCUCUUGUCUCUCGAAGACGCUGUGAAAGUCAUAUUCUUCCGCAGCACCCUUCAAAGGAAAGUUGCUGGUGGUAAAAUGCUUGUGGUCAGUAACAUGGCUGUAUCAGAUGUGGCUUUGAUCCUCCCUAAAUAUUCUGGAAGACUUGGCAUUGCAGCCUUCAACAGCCCACAGUCCUGCACUCUCUCAGGAGAAGCAGAUGCAAUUGAGAGCUUCCUAAAAGAGCUAAGCAACUCAUCCAAAAAUCAGAAUCUCUUCCUCCGUGUGCUCGAUGUCCCUGCUGCUUACCACUGCCACAUGAUGGACCCAAUUCUCCAGGAAAUUAGGGACACCCUUGGCACCCUGCAUAAGAAUGAGCUUGACACUGAGCUGUUCUCAACAGUUACAGGAAGGGAAGCUGAGAACAGAGAUUUCAGCACGGGUGAAUACUGGGCAAGGAACAUCCGUGAGCCCGUUGCUUUUGAGCAAGCUUUGAGGUCAGCAGCUAAAGGGAAGAAAGGUGUAGUGUUUGUAGAGAUAGGGCCAAGAAGAGCACUGCAAAGAAACAUUAUGGAAACUCUUGGAAACAACGUAGCAGUUGUUGCCUCAGUGGAACCCAAGAAAGAUUAUGAAUCAGUCAUCUCCGUUGUUUCCAAGUUGUUCGAACUAGGCAUUCAGGUAGAUUGGACCAUCUUCUACAAAGGCUAUGAGACAACACCACUGGUUUUCCCAAAGUACCAGUUUGACUGCUCCAAUAGAGACGUGAUCAUUGGAGCUGCCCAAAACAAUAAAGCAAGUUUUCAUUCUGUUCUCUGUCAGACUGGAAGUGAAAGCAACAUUUUCAGCUGUAAUUUAACAUCUGACUCAACCUUCUACUUGAAGGAGCACAGGCACAAUAAUAUACCCAUCAUCCCCGGUGCCUUCUAUGCGGAGUUGGGUCUAGCAUCGGUCAUGGCCACCACUAAACCAAAAGUGCCCCUGAGCUCGCUGCACCUCAGCGUCAAGUUUCACAGCCCAUUUAUUUUGACACAGAACUCUGCUGAAAUGAAGGUCCAAAUAGAGCCAAAAGGAAAAGAAACUGGCUUCAAAGUGUUUUCUUCUUCUACAGUGUAUGCUUCAGGCACGGUGGUUUCAAAGGGAGAGAGGCAGAUUGAGGAACAAGCCAUUUCGAUAAGUUUGAUCUCCAAAAGAUGCACCUCUGUUGUGAGUUUUCAGGAGUUUUAUGGACAUCUCUCUCAAGGCGGCUUCCAGUAUGGUGAUGUCUUCCAGAAUAAAGCAAAUGUGCACUAUGGUGAGGAUCUAAAGGAGGCCUUUGCAGCUGUUUCAGUUCCAGAAGAGCUCCGACCACAUUUGCAUGACUAUUGCAUUCAUCCUGUUGUGUUGGAUUACUUAAUGCAACUUCUCCCUGUCACCGUUGAGCAUAUAUUUACAGGCAGACCGGGGUUUCCUGCCAAAAUAGGGAGCCUUGCUGUUUUUGAACCCUUGCAGAAUGAGAUGAUUAUCUACCUGAGAGCAACUGAUGUGGGUGUAGAUCACUUUGAGGUUUGUGGCUGCUUUGCAGAUAAGGAAGGCAGAGUAUUGGUUGAGGUGAAGCAUGUGAUAUUCCAGUACCUUGGCAGUCGUCAUGUGGUUGAAGAGUACUUCUAUCAUAAUGACUUCAGUAUCAUCCCUGAAAGCUCCACUUCUUCAAAGCCUCCAAAGGCUUUGGUGUUCUCUGAUCAUUUAGGUAUCUCAAAAGCUCUACAACCACAUUUAGACCAAGAAUCUAGAUUUGUUUCCUUCACACAUGCAAAGGAUAUUUUAAGCAAUGGAUUCCCGUCUCUUCUUUCAAACCUCAGCAUUGCGAAUAUUAAGAAAAGCUUUGAUGAAGUGUUAUUUUUGUGGGGCAAAGAAGAUCUUACAUCACAAUCACCUGAUGCUGUCUUGCAUAAUCUUGCAAGUUGCUGUGAGAUUUUCCGGCAAAUUGUCCAGGAGCUGAAGAGGAUUCAGUUCCCCAAAGCCAUCAGAGCAGUGACCUAUCGCUCAUCUGACAUCACCGUGGAUCACAUAAGUCCAGGUUUUGCUCUGGCUGGAAUGGUCAGGUCUUUUGCAGCAGAGAUUCCUGAUCUUUCGUUUCAACUGAUUGACAUAGGCUCCAUUUUUACUGAGGACAUUAAAGCUCUCUCUGAGGUCCUGAGAUCACAUCCUUGUGAAAAGUACCCAGAAUUGGUCAUAAAAGAUGGGCUGAUCUUAAAACCGUCAAUCGUCCGAACCCCACUGGACGUCACUGACCAUACAGAAAGUAGUUACACCUCCACAACUUCUAAACCUUGCAACUUUCAGACGGCUGACGCACAUACUGUGAGUCAACUGAAUGCCAUUCCUCGAGACGAGGAAAUGGAUCCAAUCAAUGGCACAUCAGUUGAAAUUCGACCAAGUAAAAUAUGCGUUCAUUCAUCUGAUUACUUUCCAGUCAGUGCCUCACAUCUAAACUUUGGUCAGACACUCUACUGGAACAAGCACUCAUCUCAGAAGCAUGAGUUAAUCGCGCUUGACUUUAGCGGUACUGUCACUGCAGUCGGAAAAAAUGUCAGAAAACUCAAAGUUGGGGACCACGUUGCCUCUUGUUAUCCAGUUGUGGCGGCUAGUAAGGUUCAUGUGCCAGAGGACGUAUGCUACAGCAUCAAGAGGUUCCCACAUUUCCAAGAAACACCUUGUGUUUCCUACUUUGUGUUGGCUUGGGAGAUGCUUCAUCGAGUCUUGCCUAAACCCAAAAAGAAUUUGGGGAUAAUUUGCCCCAACCCUGAUUCAGCUCUUGUGAAAGUCUUUGUACUUACUUCUCAUAAAUCUGGUUGGAAUGUGAUUUUAAGCACACAGUGUAAUGGAUCUUUUGUAGAUCUCAAUCAAUUGGAUGCAUUUGUCAUCCUGCCACCAUUUGAUGAGUCUCUCAUUGUGAAAAUUUGCGAUUUCCCAGUGGCUCGGUAUGUCGUAGUACUCUGUGAAUCUCAAAUGCAAACCCUGCUUGUUCAGGACCUGUGCCAAAACAUAAAGGGAAGUGUUCAUGUGCAAACAGUUCAGAUACAAACUGUUUUGCAGAAGGGUUAUCUGAGAGCACACACGUCUCACAUUUAUCACUGGCUGAAGACGCUGAACUUCAGCAGGAAGUUUAUUAUCGAAAACUUCACUUUUCAGAAUGUGAAAUCUAAAGGUAAUGAUGUAAAACCACAGAUAUUAUCAUCAUACUUCAGUUCAAAGAAACUGGCUGUGAUUGCUUUGGAAAAAGAUGACAAGACCACACUGACUGAGAUUCAGCUACUGCCAGUGAAAAAGCAGUUGUUCAGAAAGAGAGCGGUGUACCUUGUGACCGGCGGUCUCUCUGGCCUGGGCUUUGAAACAGUAAAGUUUAUCUCACAAAGAGGAGGGGAGUACAUCGUAAUUCUCUCCAGGAGCAAGCCCACAGCAGAGGUGCAGCAAGAAAUACUCAAUAUUCAGCAGCAAUAUGGAAACAGCAUCACCAGCAUGGUGUGUGACAUUUCCGUCUCUGAGCAUGUGCAGAAGGUCAUCCUUGAAAUCCAGCAGAAGUUUAAGGGUUUCCCAAUCAAAGGGGUGUUUCACAGUGCGGUUGUCCUGCAUGACGGUCUGAUUGAAACCCUUAACAGAGCCCUUUAUGAGAAGGUUUUUAAACCCAAAGUUAAUGGGGUGUUAAAUUUACACCAUGCUACAAAGCACUGCCAUCUGGACUACUUUGUGUGUUUCUCCUCCAUCUCAGCGUUCCUUGGAAAUGCAUCCCAAACAAACUAUGCAGCAGCCAACUCUUUUCUUGACUUGUUCUGCCACUUCAGGCGCAAACUCGGGCUGCCUGGGCAGUCCAUCAGCUGGGGGCCUCUGAACCUCGGUCUGCUCCUAAACAAGGAACACUUCCAUCGCUUUCUGGAAGCAAAGGGGAUGAUGCUGCUGGAUGUUGUAGAAGUCCAUAAAAGCCUGGAGCAAUGCCUCAUCCUGAAUCGACCCCAGCAGGCUGUCUGCAGGUUUCACUUCAGGAUCAUCAGAUACAACAUCCUCUCUCAAAAUAAAGCCUUGAGCUUACGUCUUUCUGUAUUAGUCAAUGAGGCUUUCCAAAACUUCAAAGAGGAAGAAUCUAAAACCGAACAAAGUGACUCUGUCUCACCAAAAGAAUAUGUUUUCUCUCUGCUCAGCGAGACAAUAGGCAUUGAUCAGAGUGAGCUGAGUGAUGACUCCCCUCUGACAUCCUUAGGCAUGGACUCCAUGCAGGCGAUGACUUUGCAAAAUAUGAUGUUUCAGGAGAGAGGAAUCAAUGUGCCUCUGGUGAAGUUGUUGGAUCCCAACGCCACAAUAUCGACAGUGGUAACCAUACUGAGUGAAGCAAAUGUCAACGAAAAGUCUCCCCUAGAUGAAGACAAGAAUGACGUUGAUGUUUUAACAAGAUUAUAAAAACUAAAACAAAAUAAUCAGCUACAUGUAUUGAUGGCUCAUAAUUAUUCUGUUAUCAGCUUUUUUGUACAAAUUCUUUUGAAAAGUCGCCAUGUUUUUAGUGCAUUUUAGAAUAAAUAUGUAGUGUAGGUUUUCCUGUUUUUUUUUUGUAAAAUGCUUCAAAUCAUCAGGCAAAUAUGAAUAUCACACAUUUUGGAUAUCUACUUCUACGAGUUUUUACUACUGUUUGUUUUUUCUCCAUUUGUGAAUGCUAACUAUUGUUCUUCACAGUUGUUUAGAAAUGAGAUUUCAUAAGUGAUUCAGUUUCUCAUCUGUUAUUGGAUUUAUUUUGAUCUGGGUAUGAUACAUGUUUUUCUAAUCUUUUAUUCUUCUUCAUGAUGUCAAAAAGAUUGUGAUUUUUUUUUUUUACAUCUAGUCUAGUAUUAAUCUGAAAUUGUACUCAGCUUUCCAAAAAUGUGUUUAAUCAAAGUUCAUUCAUGAUUUAUCAAGGGGUAAACUGCUUUUUCAAAUUCAGACAGGAUGCUUUGGAUUUUUUUAAACCUUUUUUAGCUCAUCUUAAUUUAUGUCAAUCAUUUUUAAUGAAAAUGU